AUGAGCCCUAAAGGCACUCGCAUUAUAAUUGGAUGGGACCCAAAUGAAGUUAUUGUCAUGCCUUUGGAUGCUAAUAGUCAAGUGAUGCAUUGUCAAGUCAUAUUUAUCAAGGAGAAUAAGAGGUUGUUUUGUUCUUUUGUUUAUGGCUGCAAUUAUUAUAUAGACAGAAGAAAACUUUGGGAUUCAUUGGGAAAGCAUUAUAAUUUGGUUGCUGGUCAACCAUGGUUGAUUGCUGGAGAUUUUAAUGUUACCAGGGAACUUGUGGAUACGAUGGCUGGUCAUUCUAAAAUUUCGAGGGGUAUGGUAGAAUUUAAUGAGUGCAUUAAUUCUAUUGAAGUCCAAGAUAUAAAUAGUAAUGGAUUGCACUACACAUGGAAUCAAAGACCACGUGGGGCUUUUGGGGCUUUGAAAAAACUUGAUCGUGUGCUUGGGAACCAUAAACUGAUUGAAGAUUUUCCGAAUGUGUUUGCUAACUUUCAGCCUUAUCGGAUUUCAGAUCAUAGCCCUAUGAUUAUCAAAUUCCCAAUUAAAAGAAAGUUCAGGGUCAGACCGUUCAAGUUUGUUAAUUCUCUUGUGCUGCUGGAUAAUUUUCUGCCCAUUGUUGAAAGUGUUUGGAAGACGGAUGUUGAAGGAUUUGGUAUGUUUAGGCUUUGUCAGAAAUUAAAGCUUUUAAAGAAACCUCUCAGGAAACUGUUAACUAGUCAUGGCAAUUUUGCUGAGAAAGUUUCUAAAUGCAGAGAAGAAUUAUGUAGGGUCCAGGAAAGUCUUGAUUUGGACCCAUGCAAUGAAGAGCUGAGAUUUGAAGAAGGAAUAUACCUGCAAUCUUUCUUGAAUGCUAGCAGGGAAGAGGAGAGUUAUUUAAAACAAAGAGCUAAAGUGCAUUGGAUUAAGGAGGGAGAUUCAAAUUCUGCUUACUUUCAUAAGGUUGUGAAGGGUAAAAUAAACAGAAACAGAAUUGAAACAAUCCUUGAUGGAAAUGGAAAUUGGAAGGAAGGGGAUGAAGCUUUUAAGGUCAUUGUGGAUUAUUUUGGUGAAUUUCUUGGAGUUGAACAUGGUGUUGUUCCCAUUAUUAGACCGGAAGAUCUUGAUUUCAGGAAACUUGACAUUCAACAAGCUGUGGAUAUGAUCAAAGAUGUUACUGAUGAGGAAAUUAAGGCUGCCCUCUUUGAUAUUGAUGAUGACAAAGCGCCUGGCCCUGAUGGUUUUUCUUCUAAAUUCUUUAAGAAAGCUUGGAUGAUAGUGGGGAGUGAUUUUUGCUUUGCUGUUAAAGAAUUUUUUAUCUCAAAAAAGAUAUUGAAGGAAGUUAAUGCUACUGUUAUUGCAAUUUGGAAGCUUAUUAGUGGGCAAAAUUCUCUGUGGGUGAAAUGGGUUAAUUGUUAUUUGCUUGAUGGAAGAAGCUUUUGGGAUGUUGGUCCAAAAGACAGAAUGAGCUGGAGUUGGAGAAAUCUUCUAAAGAUUCGGCCUUUUUUAAGAGAUUUUUUCUAUUCUCGAAUUGGAAAUGGAAAAGGAACUAGCAUGUGGUACGAUAAUUGGCAUCAAUUGGGGCCUUUGUGCUAUGUUUUAUCUCCCAGGGAAAUUACAAAUGCUGGAUAUAACAUAAGGGACAAAGUAGGUGAUGUUAUUGUUGAUGAAAAUUGGAAUUGGCCUUCUGAAUGGAUUGAAAUGAUUCCUCAAUUGGGUGAUUUUAAUGUGCCCAGGAUCAUCAGAGAGAAAAAAGAUGAAGUGCUUUGGGUUAAUUACAAAGGAAAAAUUGUUCCUUUUGCGGUUAAUCAGGUCUUUUCUUCUAUUAUGUGCCGUGAGACAAUUGUUGAAUGGAAAAUUGCUUUGGCGGCUUCCAUUUAUCAUAUCUGGAAUGAAAGAAACAAAAGAUUGUUUGGGAAACCGAGCAAUUCAGUGGAAACUGUUGUCAAGAUAAUCACAGAAGAUAUCAGAACGAAAAUAUUUAGCCUUAAUCUGGGAUAUCUUGGGCUUGAUGAAGAGAGCAGGUUGUAUGAAGAAUUGUCAGAGUGGCUAGCAUGGAAUUGGUGGGAUUUGAGCUUUGAUGAAGCUUGGAUUGUGAAUAUAAGGAAGAAUGUUAAUAAAAGCGGGAAUUCAAAUAAGACAUUUAAAGGGUAUUAUGGUCAAAGCUGGAAUUGUAAUAAAUUGAAGGAAUUAUUAUCGACUAUCUUGAGUUUUAUUGGUAUCGGCUAUAACUAUGAUACAGGGGAUUGGAAGAAGCUGGAUUCGGAUAAUAAAAAUUGCAGGUGCGGUUCUUUUAUUCAGGGGCUGAUUGGAGUGUGGUUUAAUAAAGAAGAGAGUGGAACAAUUUGUGUUGUGGGUGAUAAUUUUGUUCUGUUUGUGAGAAGUAUGAUCUUAUAUUUUAGCGAUUGUUGGUACAGAGAAAGGAAAAACAAGAAACAGCGGCAUAUUGGGAUUGAGGGGUAUUGUGGGAAUUUUAAAAUUUUCUGGUCUUAUUGUCCUGUUCGAGAUAAAUGUGGGGGAGAGAAUAAAUGGAAGACUCUUAAAAAAAGUGUUUUUUUAAGAAUUUGGAUUAAAGGGUAUCGUGGUCAAUAUUGGGGAAAAAUUAAUAUGGAUGAUCCAAUCGGGAAUUGCUUGGGGAUGAUAGAAAUUUGGAGGAAGGACACAGUGAAUGGGAAUAAGAAGGGUGGGUUUUUUGAUAAAAAUUUGAAUGUUGAUAAUGGAAAUGGGCGGAGGGAUGUUCAGCAGGUUUUGGAUUCAAAUAAGAUAAAUAACAAGCGAGGGCAAUUUGGGAAUUUUCAUAUUAAUGAGGAAUUAUGGUGCUGGAAUGAUCUGAAAGGUGGUUGGAUGAAUCUGCAAAUUGGCUGGAAUAAAUUUUCUGGGAGUAAAAAUUCUGUUCAUGUUCGUUUGAAGAGGCAGGGGUCGGUUGAAGAGAACAAGAAUAGGAAGAGUGUGAAUAAAUAUAAUAGAGAAGAUGAUAUUUUGGCUUUUUAUAGCAACAUACUUUUGAGGUACAUAAAAGAUAAUAAAGAUACGAGAGUGGAGAGGAGAAAGAAGAUUGCUAUUAUGGAGUCUUUUGGCAAUGGGAAGGUUGAAACUAUGUGCAUUUUUGUGUGGAGAAUUUGGGAUAUUGGUGUUCAUAGGACUAGUGUUGCUAUUGACACUUGGAUAAGGAGCAUUUAUAGAAAUGGCAUUUUUGAAGAUUGGAAGAAGAAAUGGAGUUUUCACUUCGAGAUUUUCUCUCUCGGUCUUCCAGUUUUGGUGAGUGGCUUGGUUGGGAUUCUGGUGAUCGGAUCUCUUGCCGGUGCCGGAAUUUCAUCAUCAUUGAUUGAAUUUACUCUAAAAUCAAUUCCAAUUGUCUAUACGAUUGGUGAUCGGAUGUUCUGGAAAAUUGGAAGUAUGUUUGGCAUGAAUUAUAAAGAUCCACCUGAUCCAGCUAACAAAAAUCUAUAUGAAGAUGAUCUGGAAGCUGAUGUUGGAGCUAAACGAAGAGGAAGAAGAGCUAUGCACAAGGAAUUUUCUCCGUAUUCAAUGAUUAAACCAUUACGAUCAAAAGAAAAAAUGGAAGCUAAAAUUAAUCGGUUAAGGGAAGAAAAGAAGUAUCUGAAUGCGAAAUCUAUUGCUGAUGGAUCGAAAGAAGUUCUUCGAGCUGGAGUACGUGAAAUAAUAAAAUCAAAUUAUGGGAAAGAAAAUAUAGAUCCGCAAUUUAUAAAAUCGGAGUUGGAGGCAUUUGAUAAGGUGAUCGCUAAUCAGAAAAAAUUGGAAGAAGAAAAAGGAUUUGUGUUGCUCCAGGUAACCUCAGAUAUGGUUAAGGGAUAUAAUUCUUCUAAGAAUUUGGUGGGUGGAUCAUCUCCUUCGUCUCCUGUUAUUCAAGCGAACAUGGGAAUGGAUGCUGGAACUGUAGCAGGGUCGAACAAUAGAAUUUCAGCUGGAACAAAAAAUGACAAAGGCAUUUUGGUUGAUGAGCCGAAGAUUACUAAGGACUUCAUUUUCUCGGAAUUAAUGAAGAUGGGUUCGUAUGCUUCAGGCCCUGGUUCGUCUUCUUCAGGUCCUGGUCCAGUAAUUGAAACAAAUGAAGGGAAGGGCAUUUUGGGAAAGUUUCCUGUUUCGCAAGUUGCUUCAGUUAAUUCAGGUAUUCCGGUGGUCUUUAAUGCUAAUCCUAUUGACUCAAUUAGUUGUAAUACUAAUUGUAAUGAUGAAGAUAUGAAAGAUUAUAUUAAUGAGAAUGGGAAUUUGGAAGUUGGUUAUGGUAAUAAUAUGAAGAAAGAACAGGGAGCUAAUUUCUUGAAUAUGGAUUUUUCGAAACCUGUCCUCUCCCCUGCAACUAAGUUGGUUAAUGAGUUCAAUAAAAAAUCUUAUGCUUGUAUGGUUGAAUCAACAAAUAAUGUGGUGGAUCUUAAUAUCAAAGUUAUUCCAAAAGUUGAUGGGAAACCUAGUGGGAAAGUUGAGUUACCUUAUGCAGAUUUAAUGUUGGGGGGUGCUCCUUAUCAUGCUACUUUGUAUGGAUUUUUUGUGGGGAAAAAGCUUGCUUUCCCAACAGUUAAUCAUUUUUCUUUUAAGAUGUGGAAGAUGUAUGGGCUGAAGGAUAUAAUGGUGAAUGAUGAGGGAUUUUUUUUCUUCAAGUUUGAUUCAAAAGAAGGAAUGAUGAGUGUGCUGGAGGGAGGUCCAUGGUUGAUUAACAAUGUCCCAAUGUUUGUUCAAAGAUGGAGGCCAGGUCUAGUUUUGAGUAAACCGCAAAUUAAUUCAGUUCCUGUAUGGGUUAAAGUGUUUAAUGUUCCUUUGGAGUAUUGGAACAGCAAAGGAAUUACGUUGAUUGCAAAUGAGAUUGGGAAACCAAUUGCUAUGGAUAAAAUCACUCAAAAAAUGUGUAAUGAGCACUGGGGAAGGCCAGCUUUCAUGCGAUUUCUUGUGGAAAUGUCAGCAGAAUCGGAAUGGAUGAAAGAAUUAAGUGUUGUAUCAAUAGAUUUUGGGACAGGAGAGAAAGUUGAAUCAAAGUGCAGGAUAGAGUAUGCAUGGAGACCUGAUAUUUGUAGUCAUUGCAAAAUUUACGGGCAUAAAAAUAACAAUUGUGGGAUUCUAAAUGGAAAAAAGAAUAAUGAUGUUACUGAUGUUGCUGUUGACAGAGAAGAAAAGGAGAGAAAAGAGAAAGUGGAUGAUGAUGGGUUCAUAUUAGUAACAAAGAAAAACAAUAAAGGGCAGAAAUUCAAUACCGGAGUGGUUAUUAAUGAAGAAGGGAAGGUGGAUUUAAUAAAAUCUUCGGAGAAAAGCACCAAGCCUGUUUUUGAUGGAAUGGUUGUUAGCAAUAAUGAUGAAAGUCUUAAGGAUGAGGGUAAUCAAGGAAUGGAAAUAAGCAAAAAAAUUAAAGAACAAGAAAAUCAAAAAGGAGGCCAAAAUGAAGAUCGAAGCAAUGAAGGGGCAGAAAAUCGGAAGAAUGGGGGUAAUUUCUCGAAAUUUGCUGUGGGUAAUCUAAAAAAAGAUGGGAAAGAGAAAGGGGUAUUUCAGUCAAAAGAUGAUAAAAGUGGGAGAAAGAAUGGGAUAGGGGUGUUCAUUCCAAAAGAGAAAUUAGGAACAAGAGUGAAGAAUCUAAUUGAAAACUUUAAUGCUAAAAAAGAUGGAAUGCAGGGGAAAAGAGAAGAAAAUCAGAAAAAAGUGUAUGUUCCUAAGAAGCAAGUGGAGUUAAAAGUGAGUUCUAAUUUUGAUAAUUUAGGUUCUACGUCAGGAAAAAUUGAUCAAGAUGAAAUUACAACACAAAACCCAUUUGAUGUUCUUGCUGAUUUGGGUUUAAGAGAUAUGUCUUAUCUUGAUGAGAUGGAUUCGGAGAUUUUAACUGGAGGUGGCCAGGAGAUAAGCACCGAAAUAAAAUUGGUGAUUAAUGAUGAUGAAUAUAGGGUGUUGGAACGUGAGGGGUUCGAAUUUAAGACCAAAACAGGAAGAAAUAAAAAAUGUGAUAAGAAGUAA